AUGAAGUCCUUCCCAGCUCUCGCAGGCAUCACGCUGGCCUCCACCACCAUCAUCAACCUGGUCCUCGCAGCCUCCUCCAACACCACCGGCGUCUUCGACCAGACCUUCACCCUCAUCGCCGCCCGCUCCGCCUCGCCCAUCCACCUGCAAGCCAUCAAUGCCACCGGCGGCGGCCUCUGGAUCGGCAAGCCCCAGGCCACCUACUGCCCCAACGCGACCGCAGAGGGCAUCCCGAUCCCGUGCCCCCAGAGCAGCCAGACCAUCUUCACCGGCCCGGAUGAGGAGACGCAUGGCAUCGCGCUCGAUGUCGACGUCCCUGGGGGUCAGAUGCUGUACGUACUGUCUCUCUCUCUCUCUCCCUAUCCCUAUCCUUGGAAUCCACCACACCACACCACAAAACCUUUAUAUUAUACCAUACCAUCUACUGAUAAUGGAUAAUGUCAUUCCCACAGCUACAUCGACCCAACCUGCGGCGCGGUGCGCUACACGACCGCGCACUCCGAGGAAGAGCCCGCGGGCGCCCUCACGGGCGGCUGGACCCUCGACCAGCUCGCCUCCUUCGGCGAGCUCGCGUACGUCAACGGCACCGUCUUCUGCCCGGAGACCGGCAGCGUGCAGGACCCGGAUCUCAAGACCGCGUGGCAGAUGUUUGCCGCCCUCGACGGCCUCAACUUCACCAACUGCCUCGGCGCCGAUCUGCUCACUACCAACGCCACGGGUCCCGGUGCGUGGGAGUACAGUGCGUAG